GCAUUGUCCAAUGGCUUCUGUGGCUACUCUUUUCGCCCUGGCCGGCCUGGCCGGCCUGGCCGCUGGUGCUACCAUCACCACCACGGAGCCCCCGCUCGCUGCCAUCCAGAGAGCUCAGGCGACCACCCUGCCUCAGACUUGGUCUUCCAAUGUCACGGGUAAGGCCUUUGACCGUUUCUAUCAGGUCUGGUUGGAGAACGUUGAUUACGUCAAUGCUGCCAACGACUCCAACCAACAGUGGCUGGCUAGCAAGGGUAUUACCCUGGUCAACUACUACGGUGUUGGACAUACCUCACAGCCAAAUUACUGCGCUUCUGUCAGCGGUGACAACUACGGAAUGGACAAUGACAACUUCCAUGAUAUUCCUUCCAAUGUCUCUACCGUGGCCGAUCUGCUUAACACGAAGGGCAUCUCCUGGGCGCAUUACCAGGAGCACCUGCCCUACCCCGGUUUCCAAGGAUUCAACUACUCCAACCAGGAGACAUACGCAAAUGACUACAUGCGCAAGCACGACCCAUUGGUUAUGUUCGAUCAGAUCUCGAGCAACGAUACCGCCUUGCGCCUUAUUAAGAACUUCACUAGCUUCUAUGAUGAUAUCGAGAACAGAGAGCUCCCACAGUGGGCCUUCAUCACCCCCAACAUGACCAACGACGCUCACGACACCAACAUCACAUUCGGCUCCAAGUGGCUGCGCAGCUUCGUUGAGCCUCUCAUGAACGACAGCUACCUUUGGGACAACACUCUGCUCCUGUUGACCUUCGAUGAAACCGAGACUUACGGUGUUCCCGAGUCCGAGAUCUACAACGACCGCAACCGCGUCUUCAGCAUUCUCCUUGGAGGUGCUGUCCCCGAGCACCUCAUUGGCACCAAGGAUGAGACUGUCUACACCCACUACUCCACCCUUGCCACCGUCGAGGCGAACUGGGGUCUUCCGUCUCUUGGUCGCUGGGACUGUGGUGCUAACCUGUUCAGUUUUGUUGCUGACAAGGUGGGCUACACCAACUGGGAGGUGGAUCCCACCCACCUUUACAUCAACCAAUCUCUGCCCGGUCCCCUCGAGCAGUGGGGCUACUCCAAGUACCGUGCCAACUGGCCCAUCCCCACCACCAACGACACCUGCUCUGCCGGAAACGGUAUUCUGCAGUCCGUCAUCGAUGCCUACAAGGGCCAGAACCCUACUUACAACUACACUGCUCCUUUCCCCUACGAUGCUCCUUACGGUCUGGAUGUGAACAUCCCCUACACCCGUAACGGUACCACCUACGUCUCCGGUGUCAACACCACCGGUACCGUUGGCUAUGACACCAACACUACCACCACCUCAUCCAGCUCCUCAUCCUCUUCCGUCGCUGUCAGCGCCGGUGCAGCCUCGGCCAUGCCCGUUGCUGGCUCCAUGGUUGCUGCCUUUGCUGCCCUUGUGGCCUUUUUGUAAAUGCAUAUGUAUAGAGGCUGUAUGGUAGACGAUCUGCCUGGAUUUGUUGGCGAAAAUGUCUAGUAGUUUGAUGAUUUUGUUCUAUACGAGCCAUGAGUGAUGUUAGGUGUCUAUUAACAGG